GUCGGCAUUGGUCGGCAUGGUAGUGUAUUGUAAACUUACUUGACUUCACCCGGGCCUCCUCUCGACGAUACACGAUGGUGCAGAGUAAAGUAUUCGCGCGGAAUCGGGCGCUCGGAUACGUCAGCAACCAUGUGCCCCUCGUGACGAGGUACAUCCUCAGGAGGAAGGAGCACUAUGUCGUUACGUGCGUGGGCCGGGAGUUCCACACCUACGGAUGCAAACAUUUCACUCUGCUGAGCGUCUCGAGCAUGCACGCCGACGACAUCACCUGCCUGGCCACGGACACGUUUCACGUGUACACGGCCAGCGGGAAUGACAUUUACGCGUGGCGCAGGGGGACUGAGUUGAAGCACACCUACAGGGGUCACGAGUGCGAGGUGCACAUCCUCCUGCCGUUCGGCGCGCACUUGCUCUCCGUCGACGAGAGCAGCACCCUCAAGGUCUGGGACAUCAAGGAGGAGAGCCUGCUGCUGGAGCUCCACUUCAGCAACAGCGUGUUCAGGAUAUCCGCGCUGAUGCAUCCCAACACCUACAUGAACAAGAUCCUGCUGGGCAGCGAGCAGGGCGAGCUGCAGCUGUGGAACAUCAAGCUGACCAAGAUGGUCCACGCGUACCAGGGCUGGCGGAGCGCUGUGACUGCCCUGGAGCAAGCGCCCGCGAUAGACGUGGCUGCCGUAGGCUUGAGCAACGGCCGCAUUGUCCUGCACAAUCUCAAGUACGACGAGACCAUCUUCGAUCUGGUGCAGGACUGGGGCCCGGUGAUAUCCAUCAGCUUUCGCACCGACGGCCAUCCGAUCAUGGCGACGGGCAGCCAGGGUGGCCAGAUUGUGCUCUGGAACCUGGAGCGGCGCAUGGUGGAGAGCCAGCUGUGCAACGCGCACGACGCCGCCGUCACUGGUCUGAGGUACAUACCGAACGAGCCGCUGCUGGUCUCGUCCUCGCCCGACAAUUCCCUCAAGCUGUGGAUAUUCGACAUGGCCGACGGGGCGGGUAGACUCUUGAGGAUCAGGGAGGGUCACCCCGAGCCUCCGACGAUCGCCCGGUUUUACGGCAACGACGGUAACUAUCUGCUGACCGCGGGCGGCGACUCCUCGAUCCGGCUGUUCUCCACCGUCACGGAGAUACUGAACAAGAGCCUGGGUAGAGCGUCGUUCAACAGGAAAGCCUCCAAGAAGAAGGGCCACUCGGUCGACGACCCGUUGCUGAUGCCGCCGAUAAUCGAACUCGCGUCCGAGGUGACGCGGGAGAAGGAGUGGUGUAACAUAGCGGCCACUCACUCCGGCCUGGGCGUCGUCACCACGUGGUCGUCUCACCUGCAGAAGAUGGGCGAUCACAAGCUGCUGCCCGAGAAAUUUAAGAGCGACUACAGCGUCAGCGCGACCAGCUUGUGCUUGACGAGGUGCGGCAACUUUGUCGUCAUCGGCUACAACACGGGCCACGUGGACAGAUUCAACAUUCAGUCGGGGAUCCACAGGGGCUCCUACGGGGGCGAGAGCGGCGCCCACGAGGGUCCCGUUAAGGGCGUCAUGGUCGACGAUUUGAAUCAGACUCUCGUCACAGCCGGCAGAGACGCGAGAAUUCUGUUUUGGGAUUUUAAACCUAAGCAAGGUAAAUGUACAGCAGCGAAGAUACUAAUAUUGGACGAGUCGGUCGAGUGGAUACGUUGCCACAAUGAGAGCUCCCUCGUGGCUAUAGCCUUGGAAAACUUUGAUAUUGUGCUAAUGGACCUGGACACGAGGAGGAUAGUUCGGAAUUUUCAGGGGCACGAGGGACGAAUAACAGACGCGUGUUUCAAUCCCGACUCCAGGUGGUUAAUCACAGCGUCUAUGGACUGCACAAUCCGCACCUGGGACAUACCGUCGUCGCACUUGAUAGAUAUUUUUCAGGUUCCCGAAGCUUGCGUAUCUUUAAGUUUCUCUCCAACGGCAGAAUUCCUCGCGACCGCACAUGUACGAAACUUGGGAAUCUUCCUGUGGUCGAAUCGCACGCUCUAUUCGCACGUGUCGUUGAAGGCCGUCAGUAAAGACGAUAUGAUACCCGAAGUAGGACUCCCUGGAUCGUCCGUGGAGGUCGAGAAAGUCGACGAGGACGACGUUGUCGUUGCCGGAGAGCCGGAUUACGUGUCUCCCGAUCAGCUCGAUAGCGAUCUUAUAACCAUGUCCGCCGUGGCUCAAUCUAGAUGGCAGAAUUUACUCGACAUCGACAUCAUUAAGAGAAGAAACAAGCCGAGGCAACCGCCCAAGGUUCCAGAGGCCGCGCCGUUCUUCCUGCCUACGAUUCCGUCGUUGCAGGUGCGCUUCGAUUUCUCGGACGUUAAGGCCGACGAAAACACCGAAGGCACCCGCGUCCAUCCGGACGUGCAAAAUCUCACUUCGUUCAACAAUAGCUUGCAAUCGGUUACCGACAAUUUUUCCAACGUGAUAGAGAAAUUGAAGGCGAUGGGUCCCAGUAACAUCGAUUUCGAGAUUCAGUCGCUGUCUCUGGACGAGAGUUCCGCCGAGUUCUCGAUGCUGCAGUUUAUGAAGAUGCUUCACUGCAUGAUGGAACAACAGACGGACUUUGAAUUGUCGCAGGCAUAUCUGGCGGUGUUCUUAAAGUGGCAUGGUACGGCGAUCUCGGAGAAUAAUAUGUUACGCGACUAUCUGCGGAAGAUACAAAAGGCGCAAACGAGAAACUGGCUUACGCUGCGGGAGAAAUUAUUUUACAAUCUUAGUGUUGUACAAAGUUUUAAGAAAAAUAUAAAGUAGACGAAUUAUUU